AUGCGACAGUGGUGGAGGGAGAAAAGACAGCAUGCCUUCCAUCGACCUAAGUCACCCCACCCGCUUCAAACUGAGAGUAAAGCUGGGCAGACGCCUGUUAAUCCCGCACCGGUUCCAACAGCUCCAGUCAAACAACGCGAUGUAGUCGACAGUCAAGGCCCUUCUAUGCACCACGACCUUUGGAAAUCUGCCUAUGAUCAACUAUACCCAGAGGAGCGGGAUAUCUUGUCGAAAGAACGAGUUACCGCCCAACGGGGAAACAACGAGAAGAACUCCCACACUGUGGCUGUCAUCGAUGGUGUCAUUCAGAUAACGAAGGAGCAAUACAAGGAAUACCAGCAAGGAGGCAUAAAAAUCCAAAGGUCAACAGGAGAAGAUAUUGACGUUCGAAAGCUCUCGCGAAAGAUUCUUAAUGCUGCCUUAUCCUUCAAAGACAUUGUGAACACAGUGGUGUCUUUCGAUCCUACCCACCAUGCAGCAAGUGCAUGGGCAGUCAUUUCCCUUGGAUUGAGUAUGACGCAAAACCGACUGGACUUACAAGACGCUUUAUUCGAAUCUUCCGAAUUUCUUGCAGGAGUUCUUUCCGGGUGUGCCUAUAUUGAGAGCAAUUUCUGCCGGAAUAACACCACCGGUAAAUCUGAGAUAGAGCGUGCGACUAUCGAGAUUUAUAAAGCAAUCCUUCGGUACGCGGCGGAACUGCUGGUUGUUCAGAACGCUAGUGUCGGAAGGAGAAUAUUGGACAGUGUUACCCCGAUAACCGAUCAACGCCUCACGGAACUGCGAUCCUCUGUUGAGAAUGAAUGGCAGAAGCUCCGCCAGUGGGUGCAAAUUGAUGCAUUAGAUAACUUAUUGCAAAACGGCAAACAAGCAGAGCUUCGUUUGGCCAGAAUUGACGAGGAAGUGUCCAAGGUUCUCCGAGUCCUCCAGAAUUUCAGUCUGCCCGUUGCAGAAGGAGCAUCAUACGACUCAUAUGAGAAUCAGCAUGGAGAAAAGUGCCUACCGGGCACCAGACGCCACCUUCUUCGCCAGAUUACAGACUGGGCCGAAACAUCAGACAAAUGCAUAUUUUGGUUAAAUGGUAUGGCAGGAACUGGAAAGUCUACCAUCUCCCGGACGGUCGCAGAGUUGUUUAAAGAGAAGGGGCUACUAGGGGCUAGUUUCUUCUUCAAAAGAGGCGAAGCGGACCGCGGUAACGCAAGAAAAUUCUUCUCGACUAUCGCAAAGCAAUUAAUGGCCAGUAACCGGCAAUUGGCUCCUAGCAUCGCGAGAGCGAUUCAGGAUGAUGCAGAUCUGUCAACGAAAGCUCUCAGUCAGCAAUUUGAGAAACUCCUUCUUCAGCCACUCAGCGAGGGAGAGCAACAUGAGACUACAUCCGUGAUUGUGAUAGACGCAUUAGACGAGUGCGAAGGAGACGACAUUGAAGUUUUACUUCAACAUUUGCCACGGCUGCAGGAAUCCAAGUCCAUUCGCCUACGGAUCUUUCUGACAAGCCAGCCUGAACUUUCAAUCCGUCGUGGCUUCAAAGGAAACCAGGAUUAUCAAGGUCUGGUUCUACAGAACGUGCCCAGUAUCGAAGAUGACAUCCGUAUCUUCUUGAAACAUAGAUUUUCUCAGAUAAAGGAAAAACGGGAAGUCUUAGGAGAUUGGCCAGGAUAUGAGACGAUGGAAACAUUAGUCAAAAUGUCUGUCCCGUUGUUCAUCUUCGCAGCCACAAUCUGCCGCUUCGUUGGGGAGGAUUAUCAAGUCCCAGAGGAUCAGCUUGAUAUAAUCCUCCAAACCCCCAACUUGACAUCUUCGUCUCAGAUGGAGAGAAUAUACCGGCCAAUACUGGAUAAUCGCGUCAAAAACUCAACCGUGCUCAAGAGAGACUUCCAUACUAUAAUUGGUGUUAUUCUUCUUCUUGCUGAUCCACUCUCGGUUAGUAGCCUUUCAGGGCUUAUUUGUAUGGAAGAAAGAACAAUCACGGCUCGAUUGGACGCAUUUCACUCUGUCCUUAGCGUCCCAAAGGAUUCUUGUGCACCAGUCCGCAUUCUACAUCUAUCAUUCCGAGAAUUCCUCAUCAACACAAAAGAAGAAGACAUCCGUGUGAAUGAGAAAGAGACUCACGAAAGACUACUAAAACAUUGUCUGCACGUCAUGAAAGAUCCCAGAUCGGGGCUAACGCACAAUAUCUGCCGAUUAUCAAGCUAUGGGAUACAGCGACGAGAUGUUGAUAGUCAUAUGAUUGCUCAGUACAUUCCGCAAGUUCUGCGAUACUCUUGCCGCUACUGGGCGUAUCACUUCAGGAAAAGUGAAUCUGAUGCGUCUGAACUCGAAGCAUUCUCAUUUCUGAAAAAGCAUUUCCUUAAUUGGUUGGAGGCAAUGAGCUUAAUGGGACUUACAUCCGAGACCGUUGGUAUCAUCAAUACACUACAGGCAAAAUUAUAA